UCCAAAAAUUUCAACAACGCAAAAAAAGCAGUUUAAAUCUAUAUUCUAAUUUCAAACGCCAUUUUUCAAAAUUAUUCCUUUGAAUUUCCGAUCUCCGCAGAGAGUUGAAUUUUCAGUAGGUGAUAUUGGUUGGGUGGUUGCAAGUAGCUAAUCUCAGGCAUGGAGGAUUCCAAAGAGCAAAAACAAGUAGAUGAAAAUGUUGCAGAGGAGUCUGAAAAUUCUGUGCUACCACCAUCUCAAGAGGAGGAAGCUAUAAAGAAAAAAUAUGGAGGGAUUAUGCCCAAGAAACCGCCACUCAUCUCUAAGGACCAUGAACGUGCCUACUUUGAUUCUGCUGAUUGGGCACUUGGAAAGCAAGGUGCUGAGAAGCCCAAAGGACCACUUGAAGCCCUCCGUCCCAAAUUGCAGCCCACACAACAACAAACACGAUAUAGGAAGUCUCCUUGUGCCCCAGCUGAUGGUGAAGAUGGAGGGAGUGUUCAACCAGAGGGUGGGACUGCCAAUGAAUGAGGAACUGGUACCCUUAAUCUUCCGACCUUGUGAGGACUAUGGAUUGUUAUUCGAAUACCUAGAUAGUAGGUAAUGAAUAAUUUUCAACUGUUUCCAUGAAUAAAACUCGAUGAAAGAUGCUUUGAUCUUAGUUAAGUUCGACAAGUAGCAACAUUUAUGCAGUUUGGGAGUUGUGGGAA